UUGGGUAAAGAUCCCAGCCCAGGCAUGUCGAGUCAAUGUUUAUUUUUUAGAAUUCUCGAUUUGUAAUUAGUGUUGUCCGUGACUGCAGAGGGAACUGACUUCAUGCAGAAUCAUUUGAAAAACGCAAGUGGAACAUGAUGCUGAUCUCUUUGUAUUUAGCAGCAACCCAAGGCCCAAACCCUCUGCAUACGAUCCGGCUGACAUUUGCCAUUCGAUCGGUUUUGUCAACGAUGAGUACGCCUGACCUUUGGCGGUAGUUGAGGGCUGACUUCGGCUAUGCUGUCGGGCAGAGCUGCAGCGACCGUAUCCUGUGUUAACUUGAAACUUUGCCAACGACAUGCUUAGCUGAUUUGUAAGAAUAUAAACAUUAAAAGAACGUUUUGAAAUAGCAUAUUGUCUUAGUUUUUAGCAAUGGCACACUUUCCAUUUUCAACCAUUUUGGUAAAUCAAAAUGUGAGACUGAGUUUGAGAUCGAACAUUGUGAGGAACUGCCGGCAAAUCCAUUUUAUGAGGUCACGACCAAUCUCCUGUAUACUGAAGGAGAAGAAAAAGAGAUAUGCUGUAUUAACUGAGGAACGUUUUACUUGUAGGAGAAUAGUAACCAGCUCUCAAUCUCGAUACCCAUGGCGAAUGAAUCCGGUCCUUACCCCGGAACAGACGAGUGAAGCCCUGCAACAAAAUGAAGUAAGCGUUCACUUUGAUGAGGAAUCCUCACCACAAGCUGUGCAGAGGUAUGACAGCAAUCAACUCUUCUCUAACAAGCCUGGAGAGGACCGUAGAGCCAUUGCAGAGUGUAUGUUCACCAAUGGAGUGCUUUUUGGAGUCUUUGAUGGACACGGUGGAACGGCCUGUGCUCAAGCCAUUUCAGAACGUCUAUUCAAUUACAUAGUAGCAGAAACACUUCCUUUCCAAACUCUUCCAAAGGCCCUUGCUCGACUUCAAAGUGGAGAGAUGAAUGAUUUGGUGAAGUGGCAUCGGCAUCCAAAUGAAUACAAACUACAGGCUACUGCAGACCUGUACAAGGAAAGCUUGAUCAAAUAUGUCCAAGCAAAUUUAUCAGUUGAUGUUUUGGAUGAUGAUGAUACUGCAGAUGUCCUUAAAACUGCGUUUGAUCGCUUGGACAAUGAUUUCUCAACAGAAGCAAUGCGAGCCACUACCGAACCGCUUGGUAUUGAACCUGUGCUAACUGCUGUCACUGGUUCAUGUGCUUGUGUUGCCUAUGUGAAUGAUCAAGAUCUCUAUGUUGCUAAUGUAGGUGAUUGUCGAGCUGUGUUAGGACGUAGUAAAGGGUAUGGAGCCUGGGAAUCUAUCCCUUUAACAGUAGACCACAAUGUGCAGAAUCUAGAUGAAGUGAAUCGAAUAAAGGGAGGCCACCCAUCCCACGAAUCUACGACUGUCAUCAAGAAUGGACGAUUGCUUGGUGAGCUGAUGCCUCUCAGAGCCUUUGGAAACAUUCGUUUUAAGUGGACUGCUGAGAUGCAGCGGACAUUGAUGCGUACCUUCAUUGGUUAUCUCCCACCCAAGAGCUUCCACACACCACCGUACCUUAUAACGACACCAGAAGUGACCCACCAUAGGUUGACCUCCAACGACAAGUUCCUCAUUCUCGCUUCAGAUGGCCUCUGGGAUAUGCUAAGUUCUGAUAAAGCCGUUCAGCUCGUUGGAGAGCACAUGAAAUCAAUGAAAGCCUCAAGCAGCUAUGGUGUCCAGGAAGGUGCAGCUCUGAAAGAUGUCAUGAAAGACCUCAAAGAGAGAAUGGAUAUUCUCAAGUCGCUAGAUACCAAUUCUGCCACACAUCUUAUUCGCUAUUCACUUUGUGGAGUUGGAAAUGACUUUGAUCUGAACAAACUUGCGGAGGUUCUGAGCCUUCCAGAUGCCAUUGCAAGACAGCACAGAGAUGACAUGACUGUCACAGUAAUUUAUUUUGACUCUUGAACCUGAACGUGUGUGUGUGAUGAUGUACAUUAUUUUUCAUCAAGUGAUACUUUUAGAUGAAUGAUCAGCGCCCCCCCCCCCCCCACACUAAGUUGGAAUGCUAUCAAGUUUUCUCAUGCUUGUCAGAAUUCUGCAGGCUUAGCAAAUGAUGGUAUUCUAAAACUUCUUUAAGUAGCAGAAUAAUUUCUUGGGGUCAUUCCAUAGUAUGCUUUAUAGAGUUUCCAAAUGAAAUAAACAACUUUCAAUAAAGAAACCAUUUUCUAGGCCUUGUAGUUUUUGUUUAUAACUAUGUUUGUUUAUGUGAAAAUAAAAGUUAUUCUUUUUUGCACCUGAACUGGAAUAUGUACUUUUCUCAGUCAGCUGAUACUUAUUUAAAUAGUACAUUUGUAUUUAUAGUGGAAUUCCUUUUAAAAAUAAGAAUACAAUGCAGUGUUACAGUGUAAUACUAUGCAAGUUCUCACAGAUGCUUGUCACUUGUCAGUGGGCAAGUCCAAGCUAUCUCGUCCGACACAUUACUGACCACAUUUCAGAUUGACUGUAUUUAAUUGAUAGCCUUACAGGAUAUCAGAGGAAAUAUGAAAUAAAAUGACAUGUUUAGUCACUUGGUGAUUAAUAGUUAAAUUUCAGAAGUCAACAAUUUUGGUAAUCAUUUGUAUAGGGCACCAAAUUACCAAAUACGUUGGACUUGCCCCAUAAUAUUCACACCAUUCCAAACUAAAUAUUUGAUCCAAACAAGCCUUGUCCAAGAUUUUCUCAGGCCUGUUAUACAGAUCCAAGAAUGAUGUUUACAAAAAGUAUUAUGCACUACUCUAAAACUUCACAAAUUCUUGUCUAGAUUCGCUAGUGUGACAUAUUGCAAUGAAAUGGUUGAAUCACAAAAUGUGUGUAUUGUACCAUACAGAAACAGAGGUCAUGAAAAUAUUAGAAUGAAAGAUUUCAUAAUUUUAAGGUAUUUGAAUUAAAACAAAGAUUUGGAGUUGAUGAUGAAGAUUGUAUUUGACCAUGUUUGACAAACACCAAACAGCUUGGUGAUGUUCAAAAUCAAUUCUUUUUCAUUUGUUUCCACCAUAUGUAAAUUUUAAUGUAUUGUUUGUAACAGUUUAUUUUCCUCCAAAUUAGAAAUAUAUUUUCCAGGAAAAGAAGAUACAGAUACCUCAUACACUAUCUUUGAAAGAUUUAUUCAGUUAUUCAAAUAUGGUGAUAUACCGGUAUGCUUAUUAUUCUUUGAUAUGUAUUCAUACUAAACUAAUUUUCUAAUGUUACAUAAGAGGGAGCUAAUAUAAGUUUGGGAAAACUGAUUAUUUUAGUCAAUCAAUUCAAAGAUCUUACAGAAAUUGAUGUACAGGUGUAUGUAAAAAAUGGCUUGUCUUCUGGAACUUUAAUCAGUGUUGUUUCUACAAAACCUUUGAAAGUGGGCUUUGUACUUUUCACUGCUCUCAACUUACUUGAUGAUGUCAAUUUUUACAGCAGAAAGCUCUUACAUAUGUCUACAGGUUUAUUGAUAUUUCAUGUGCCUGAUAUUAUUUGAAGUUUCUCUCCUUCAGGCUAAGAAACCUUUUAUAUAUUCAUACAGCUGUUAAUAUUAUUCAAAGGAUAAUAUUAUAACCAUCGUAAAACAUCUAAUAAAAUCUGGGCAGUAAUAGGGAUACUGCACACCUUACAAAUGGACAAUGAUUUCUUUUUUAAAGAAAUUACAAUGCGAUUGUAUACCGGUACAUAAUUGAGAAAAAAUGUGAGUUCUUCCUCUCUGAAGUCUCAAAUCGACUUAUGGAUAGUAAUAUUGAAUAAUAAUGAUAAUAAUAAUAUUCCUGUUAUAAAGUGCCCAAUACAUCGAUACAACAAUGUGUCUAAGUGCUUUACAGAUAUAUUAUUACCCGGUCAUCUGAUUCAGGCUUACCUGCACACAAUGUAUGCACAUUCUCCACUCCCUGAGCAUGAAUAACUGACUUUUUAGUUUUCCAGUAAACCUGUGUAUUUAGCAUUUCUCAGCUUAAAGGCUUGAAAUACCAUGCAAGUUUUACAUGUUCAUAUUAAUUCUCAGGACUUCAAAUAGAAUUGACAUUUUUGAAUUAUAUUUAAUUCUAUUGUAAUUUCUUUCAAAUUACACUCUGACUCAUAGUGUGUUUUUGUGAAGUGUGUGGUGGCAUUUAGGUAAUAUAUUGGUGUGUGAAGGCAAUAGAUACUUAUCAGUUAUUAUUUGGUGAGAUUUGUAUAUUUUGGAGCACUAAAAUGCUGUAAGGAUAAAGCCCCUCUAAAGUGUUAGGAGCCUCACAAAUUUGAUGGCAAAAUUGGAGAAGAUUUGUCAGAUUUGGAUACAUUUUGCAUGUAUGUAUAUAAAGCCAAACAUUGUCAUCUAGCCAAGAAAUCUUCAUUUGAAGUGACCGAUUGGCAACUCUAAAUUCUGUCCGCUGUGCAACUCUGUUUUUACGUCUGGGACUUGUGUGACGUACAUGUAAGAGGGAAGACCUGCUGCUAAAAAGCCAGUUCAUAGUUGCAGUCUGAGCAUGAGCAGAUAAAAGUCAUUGCAGACCGAAUCGUGAAAUACACGGAGACAGAAAACUGGAUACAUGUACGUGCUCAUGAAAGUUAUGUACCGGUAAUCAUUAUUCAUUUAUGCACAAGCAGUGCACUCCAGGAUACACAGAUGGAAGUAUUCUUGGAAAAGGGCAAAUAAAGGCUAUUUGUGUAGCACCUCCAUGGCUGCAUAAUAUUAGGAUGGCAUCGUGUCUUCCCUCUUACGUCACAGCCCUUAGACCGAAAACGAUCGCCUUCACAUUCUCGCUUUGAGUCGCUCGUGAAGGCUUGUUUAAAUGAUUGUUUUUCAGUGUCAGUGGUGUUUUCAAAUCAUUAAUUGAAUUGAAUCUUGUUUAUAAAGUGUUAAUAUUCUAAAUUUGUUGAAUUUAAUUGAUUGUAAUAUUUUUUUUUCUCCACCCUCCUUUAAACUGUAUCAUAGUGUGAAAGAGGAUGUCAUUUAAGACGCACUUUUACAAAGAACCCCCCCCCCCC